AUGGCGACAGAGGCUGUGAUUUCCUUUGCUGUCGAAAGGAUCGGUGACAUGCUCAUUCAAGAAGCAAUUUUCUUGAAGGGGGUACGGGGGAAAGUCGAGAGGCUGAACAAAGAUCUAGGGGCCAUGAAAUGCUUCUUGGAAGAAGCGGAGAAGAAGCAAGAAGAAGAUUUAAGAGUGCACAAGUGGGUUUCUAAAAUCCGUGAUGCGGUUUAUGAUGUUGAGGACAUCAUAGACAUGUUCAUCCUGAAGGCAGAGUCCCGGAGAACAGAUUACUUUCUCAAGCGUGUCUUCAAGAAGUUGAUAAACCGCCAUAAGGUUUCUGGACUAACUAAAGAGCAAGCAGAAAUGAUAGAGAAGUAUGGAGAGAAUGAGUUGGGGGAUUUCCUUCAUGAUGAUUUGAAGGAGAAAAGAUAUUUGAUAGUUCUGGAUGGUGUAUGGAGCUGUGCCGAUUGGGAUUUUCUUGCAAUAGUGAGCAGUAACGAUCCUAAUUGCCUUGGAAAUGUUUUUCUCGAUGGGAGUAACGAUAGCAGAUUACUUCUUACAACUCGAUAUAAGGAUGUUGCUUUGCAUGUAGAUGCUCGAACUAUUCCCUAUGAAAUGCGGCUUCUUUCGAAACAAUAG